CCAGUUUUUUAGGACAACAUAUCAGAUCCCGUGUUUCUGAUAUCCAUUUUUUUUAACAUUAUGAAUCCUGAAACGCCAGGGACUUCCAAAAAUUCAGGACCAAACGAGUUGUGUCAUGGGCAAGAAAUCUCACAUUUUCAGAGGAUAUAACUUGGGAAGUCAAGGAUAUGUAUUUAGGUUGAUAUGGUCCUGGAUCAGAGACUGUGGUGACGAACUUGCAAUUGUUGAAUCAUGCAUGAGAUCUGGAUAAAUUAUCGGCCUGUCAGUUACUUACAAAUGCUACACCAUUAUUGCAAGACGAAGCACGUGAAAUGGAUGAUGAGCUUUAUGCAAUAGGUGGUGCCUCUGGACAUACUGAAGAAAUUAUCUGUGAACCCCAGACAGACGUCAGUGACAUUGUGAAAACUUUAUUUUUAGCAUGGCUACAGUUUCCACCAAAAUGGUUAGACAAUCCUGAAUACGAAGGCAUUGAAGUUUUAAACCCAAAAUCAAUACAGGCCAUGUCCACAGCCUGGCGGAAAAUCAACGCUGAAAGAAAUGUCCUCCCAAAACAAGAAAUAAUUCUUCAAGGUCUAGUUGCUUCUAUGGUCGAGUAUAUGCAUCGCCAACAGAUGAUGGCAAUGGAAGGUGAAGAAAAUAUAGUCAAAGAAAUCUUUACUGGACAUAUUGCAGAUAUCGUCGCAGAGGGUUGGCAACAGAUACUUGAUGGAAUCGAUAAAGAGGAGGCUCGUGAAAGAGCCAAGAAAAGAAGAGAAAGAUUGCGGAGAAUUCGCGAAAGACGGCGAAGACGCAAAGAAAUAGAAGAGAUCCUUUCGUUCUACGAACCUUUCGCUCGUAUGGAUAAUCGUGUACCUUUGACCUGCAGGAUAUUUUGUAUCUUCCUUUGUCAGUGCUGUUCCAUUUUCACAUUUCAGUUUCCUAUCCACACCAUGCUACUCGCUUGGCCGCUCUCCAUUGGAAUAAUGGGUGGCAUAUACUUUGCCGAAUGCCCAAUGAGUCAUCUUAUGCCUUACAUGAUGAUGGCAAUGGGAGCUGUUGGCACGAUAGCACUUCUUGCAAGGCUCUCAUUCGUCACCUACGAAAAAUGUUCUAAGGAAGAAAUCAAUGCAGUAUGGCCAUGGACUGUAUUAAAAGUAAUGGAAUUUGCGUUUUUGGAUCUCUUAAUCAUUCAGUUGUAUUAUUUCUUCUCCAAUACACCCAGUUUCGACUCUGGAUCUCCCAAGUACUGCAACGAGACUUUCUACACUUUCGUCCGCUGGAUCAAUUAUGUUUCGAUGGCCCUCGUGUCUGCGUGGAUGUUUGUGUAUUUUGUAAAAGGACUUCUCUGGUGGCGAGGAAGAAUUCGCUCUGAACCCCCUGCGAACUUAAUUUAAAUUGAUUUUACAACAUUUUUUGAAUUUUAAAAAAUAAAGAUUUACGUUUUA